AUGCUGCUUCUCGGCCUCGUUGCUAGCUCCACGGUUGAAGGGGACAAGAAUGUCUCAGAGAAAUCGCGCCUGGUGCUAACGGCUUGCUGCACGGCCAUCGGCCAGUGCCCCAACCCGCUCGAGGCCGACGUGACUCAGCUCCGGACCCAAGUGGCAGAGAUCAAAUCCUUUGGAGGCAGCACCCAUUCAAUCGAUGGGCAGUUUGGCGGAAGCAUCGUCUCGGUCGAGAGUCUCAAGCUGGAUUUCAUCUCCUUCAAGGACGGCGAUGCCGACGUCACGUUUGAGGCGCUUACGACAGUCAACAUGCUCAUGUACACGCCGCAGAGCAACUCAUUGCCCACGACGAUGGAAAAUCCAACACAAAAAGGCCUGACCUCGCUCAGCGCCCCCAAGCUGACGCAUGUCACCACCAAUCUGUAUGUGACAAACGUCGCAUCGCUUACGUCAAUCAGCUUCCCGAGCCUCCAGUUCGUGGCUGGUUUCAGGUUCCAGAAUCUAGAUGCCCUGACGGAGCUCGACCUGAGCAGCCUCGUCGUUGUUGGCAAUGGCAUGGCAAACAACGAGAUGGGGCCCGAGUUCGACGAUCUGCCUGUGCUGCAGCCCUCCGGCCUCAAGCUCAGCACAAACUGGAUCAUCGUGCGUAACUACCUCGGUUUCAGAAGCGUGCCGAACAUAGACUGCACCAACAACGCGGGCCUGAACGCAAUCAACGCUUGCUGCCCGGCGCUGCACCUAAAAAUCGAGCCUUUUCGAAAGAUAGCUGAAGCCAUGUCUUCGUCCGCCUCGCGGCUCAUGCGCGAGGAGCGCGACGUGCAGAACCAGACCGUCCCCACCAUCUUUGCCCAGCCUGAGGAGACGGACAUCCACCACUGGCGCGUCCCAAACCCCGGGACACUCUCUGCGCCGUCUCCUGCGCCCGCAUCCGCACCCCAAAAGGCCUCGCGAGCGAUGAUCGUCGGUCCUCCCGGCACGCCGUACUGCCUUGGUCUGUUCCACUUCGACAUGCGGUUCCCGCAGGACUACCCCAACUCGGCCCCGAAGUCUCUGCUGCACGACGCGCCGUACCACAACGAGCCCUCCUUUGAAAAGGACGACGGAUCGGGAGACCCGCAGCGGUACAACCACAAGAUCCUGCACGAGACCCUCCGCGUGGGCGUGUGCGAGGUGAUGGAGGAGACGCUCGAGACUCGGACCAUCUCCGCCAACGGCGUGUGCCCCGCCUUUGCACACACGAGGCGGCAGCUGUUCAACAUGUACCACGAGCGGUACUUGUCCGAGUGCGAGCGGCUCUCUGACGAAGCGAGCGCAAAGGACGGCGCGCGGCUUGAAGAGGGCGCCCCCUCGAUCUCGACACACCGUCCCCUUCUUUACACGCCGCUGUCCUUACCGCCAGGCGCGGCCUUCAAGAUGAUGCCCUUCGAGUGCUCCUCCAACGGGAUGUCCGGCACCUUUGGAUGGGCAAAGAUCAAGGCGCGACUGCUGAAGCUGCACGAGUCGCUGCGCGCCGAGAUCGAGACGUGGCGCCGCCAGGGCGCCGAGCAGACGCGGCUGCUUCGCGCGUCGCACGACGCCUCCGUCAACUCGUGCGUGCACUACUUGCUGCAGCAGGAGGAGCGCAUCAAGCGCGAGAUCCCAGAGGGCGCCUCAAUCGGCGCCGACCCGGACAACGCUUGGGUGCUUGGGUCAGCGGCGUGA